GAUGAUAACGUAGAAGUAGCCAUCUAGCUUGACAGUCUCAUUGGCAUUUUAUUAUGUUUUUCCGUGCAUUUUUUUAGGGUAAUUCCGUUCAAGCGGGCAGUGAUGAAAAACGAGGAGGACGGAAAGCUUCACUUUUACAUCUGUAACUGUUUCACGACCGAUAAUGUUUUCCUGGAGGACUACAAACUCCAUGUUCGCUUUGUAUCGGAGCAGCAGUUCAGACUGGACUAUCAGGCACUGCUUCGGGGGCUUGGUUGCGUGACGGAGCGACAGUUUGAGGAUGUGCUCAAUGAGAUUUCACAGGAAGUGGACAGGCGAAGGCGUUUCAGUGUGACGUCUGCCGAGAGAGCUGCGGUUAUAAGAGCCAUGUACCAGCCGCUCCAUCCUCAUGUCUACCACCUGCAGGAGUCCUACCUCACUCCGAAGUUCAAGCAGAUUGUGGGGUACUGUCGAAGCAGCGACGCCAGUGAACGAGGUCUCCUGGACUUGUUGGAGGAAGAGGCAGCUCCAAGGGUGUGUCGCUUCCCUGUGUUUGAGAAAAGCUUCUGUGAGGAGCUGGUGGAGGAGCUGGAGCACUUUGAGCAGUCUCCAGCCCCUAAAGGAAGACCCAACACCAUGAACCAUUAUGGGAUCCUCCUGAAUGAACUGGGCUUCGACGAGGGCUUCUUCACACCUCUCCGUGAGCAGUACCUACAGCCGAUCACCUCCCUGCUGUACCCAGACUGUGGGGGCCGCUGUCUGGACAGCCACAAGGCCUUCGUUGUCAAAUAUGACAUGAAUGAAGACCUAGACCUGAGCUACCACUACGACAAUGCAGAGGUCACCCUUAAUGUUUCCCUGGGCAAGGACUUCACUGAGGGCAACCUUUAUUUUGGUGAUAUGAGACAGGUUCCUUUAAGUGAGACGGAGUGUACUGAGGUUGAACACAGGGUGACUGAGGGCCUCCUCCACCGUGGCCAACACAUGCACGGGGCCCUGCCAAUCUCCUCCGGCCAGCGCUGGAACCUCAUCAUUUGGAUGAGAGCCUCGCAGGAACGCAACAAACUGUGCCCCAUGUGCAACAGGAAGCCGACGCUGGCGGAGGGAGAGGGCUUCGCUGACGGCUUCACCAAACACUGUGAUGCCCUGCUGAACGUUUCCUGUGUGUUGACAUAACGUAUCCAGCUGCUAUCGGCCUUUUAUUAAGGACACUGUGUGUAGGAUUUGAAACCUGCAACUUUGGCGCCCCCAGGUGGUUGUUUCAAAGAGGACAUUGUGGCAGGCAGCAAUGCCUGCUGCUACCUCCCACGGAUGCUGUAGGACAAAAAUGAUUUCGGUUCACCCAGUCUAAAAUUGUAUGGUGAUGCAGUUGAAUAGACAGAUAAGCUGUGGUUUUGAUUGUCGUACAGUUACCCAUGACUACACUGACUGAUUAACUCCAUUAAUUCUAAUGACACAUUGACUUUAUUCCAAAUUGGAAUGAUUACUAUUUAUUAUUUGACUAUUAAAAAAUAGUUAUGAUACUACAAUUGUUGGCUUCAGACAUUCAGUUUAGUUCCCCAUUUUGUGACAUGUAUAUUUAUCACUUUAUCGUCUUAAAUAUUAGGCCAAUAAUAUAAAAAAAAAAAAACAUACUGGUCAAGCCCCUGUAUUUAUGUACAGUGUGAUUGUAUUUUGUGUCAUAGAUUAUUUAGAGUACGUGUAUUUUAAAAUUAGGGCUUCAGCGGUCUGACAGUUUCCUUCCAAAUACCAAAAGUCAGGCGCCUUUACUAAUAUUAAAUACUGAUCUGAUACUGCUCUCGUUACCCAGAACUAAAGUCAGUAAACCACUUUUUAUAAAACUAAUCAGACUCCUUUUUGUAUAAAGUAACAUGAGGUCAGGUUUGCAGUAGCACUCAAGUAAUAAUGAAUGUAGCGGGAAUACUUAAAGGCACCCUGUGGAGUUUUUGACCACUAGUAAUGCCAUAGAGCAAUGUUCCUAUGAGGAGGUCCCCGUUUGUUUGUUGCAUGCACACACUAGCGCAAUGCCAUACACAUUAAUGCCCCUAGCAUCAUGCUUUAAUCAACAGUUGGUGGUGGUGACACACAAAGAAGUGUGGCAAGUGUGCCAACAAUUGCAGAGAAGAAGAGGACUCCAAGCUAGCAAACGUAGAUGUAAACAAUAGAGGAUUUAAGUAUAUACAGAAUGUCAGCUUAGCAGAUGUUUUAUGAGAAAGGAAAUGCAUUCAACACAUUUGUUAGACCUCCAAGAUACACUGAGUGUGUUUUGGUGGAAAACAUUGAACAUAAACAUAACCUUUGUUUGUUUGUAAGAAAACUCCACACAUCAACUUUAAUUCUACAAUUAAAUUGUGGCUCAGUCCCAUUGGGCCAAUACCCGAUCUACGUAAAGGGGAACUCGGCUGAUUUUGCUCAUCAAUGUCUGUCUAGUCUCUCCAGAGGGAGCUGUCUGAAGUUUGAUAAACUGCCUCAAGCGAUGUAGCUUGAGUCAACGUGGGUUGGGGCUGAGGACUACAAGUUUGAAAAUGAAAAAAACCUGGGGGUGUGGAGUUAGAAAGAAAUGAACUUAAGAGACCUCUGUAGACCUCUCCUCAUCUCUGAUUGAGGCUAAUGGCCCAAGGCUACAUGCUGCUACUAGCAUACCGUACUUGAUUCUCUGAUUGACCUGCCGGUGGUCGAGUGGCAUCGUGGGUAUUGUAGGCGCCAGGGUUUGACAAGGAAGAGGAAUGUAUAGAUUCUGAUCCUAUUUUUUAACCGUCCAUCGUGAGUCUGACGAUGUUAUAAGCAUGAUAAUUUGGUGGAAUUAAUCUUUUAAUAAGGUGAGCAACAUAACCAGAAUCAAUCUAGUAAAUCAGUAAUAAAAAUAAAUCUAGUUAACUACCUUUUCCCACAGCUGUUAUCUGUCAGUAACUGUUGGUAUCUGUCUUUGUUCAUAAAUACAGAAGUCAAUAAUGCCAAUAUUAAACUGUUCCUCUGCCAGUAUAAUGUGUUUGCAUUUGUCUCAUUUUUCAAUGGCUGGCUGCAAUCUGGUGUUUUCCUAUUGACCAACUAUGUUGACUGUUUUUGUGAAGUGUAGUUGAUCAGCUCUCUGGAGUAGGAAGAAUAGAGCUGAACAUACAUUCCUGAUGAUCUGUAUUUAACUUUUGACAUCCCCAAGCCACAGAUUUCUCUGUUAUGCUAUAGGAUGGAUAAAGGGUCCUAUGUUCAAUUUAAGACAACACACACAAUUUGGAAUAAUAGAAAUUUAAUUACAUAAAUUAUAAUCAAUUCAUUCAUGAAUAUCCCUCCUGUGUGCAUUUCUUUUUUAUUGUCCUAUGCAUUUAGU